AUGACAGCAGAAACUUCACACAAAUGGGCUAGCAUGUUUCUGGACAGUGAUCAUACUGAAUUUAUACGUGACUCACGUGGCGGUAAACACUCGGAUUCGUUCUAUGAUACGUAUCCUGAGAUCGAGGCCGAUGCCAAAGCCUUUGUUGCAGACAAAUGUUCACAAAAAUCAGGUGAAUUUAAAGCAAUAGAUCUGGCCCGAUUUAUUAACAAACAAUAUUGUGAUUUAAAUGACAUCGAUGAACAAGCUAGUGGUGGUUAUAUAAGAUCGGAAAGAAGUUCCCAAUUAGAUCUNAUAGAAAGCACAUUUUCUUCGAUCUCGUUGAGAAAACGGGACAAGGAAGAAAAAUAUUUCCAACCAAUGGUUUUUGAGAAUCAUCAUCUACUUCUCAAAUUUUAUUUAGAAAAAAUUCAAAAUGAUUCAUUAAAACGAUCAAACCAAUCAUAA